UGACCCGGGCUGCGAGCCCCGCUCCAGCGCUCAGAGGUGCCCAGAAGACCCACACGCUCUCCUCCUCGCCCCGCUCUCACGCCAGCAAGAUCUCACUAUUUUGGGAGCGUCCAGGGCUCAGUCUCAUCAAACCUUCCUCCUUCUCCUCUCCUUCCUUCGUCCUGGCCAUGAGAGGCACCGUCAGCAGCAACUGUGCUCCCCCAGCCCCCUGCUCCGCCGCUCCGGCUGCGCCCCACUCGUCUCCCCGCAAGUGAAGAAGAUGAGACAGGACCCUCGCUGAGUGGAGACGCUGUUUCAUCGGAGAUGGAGCCCCGUGCCGGCAGGAUGCCCGCGCUCCUCUCCCGCAUCCACUCCCUGCAGCUUUGGCAUCUCCUCCUCCUGGUCUCUGCCGUCCCUCCUCCCGGCGCUUGGUCUCUUCGCUCUCGGGGCCCGGCAGCCCCCCGGCCCCUCUGCAGCCGUCGGAGCCCCUCGGCCCCGCGGCCCGUGUGCAUCUGGCACAGGACGUCGCUGCUGCCGGAGAGGGCUCCUCGCCCGGCGCCGCCGCGGCCGCGGGCAGCGCGGGGGGCAGAGCUGCGGCACGUCCUGCGGCUGCGGCGGCAGGUGGCGGGGGCUCGCCCGGCCACCCCCUCGGGGCUGGAGGACGGCAUGCCCUCCUCACAGUACCCCUGGGCCAUCGUCUGGGGCCCCACCGUGUCGGAUGAGGACGGAGGGGACACCAACUCGGCCAACCCGGGCUUCCCGCCGCUGGGAUACACCUUUGUCUCGCCGCACGGGAUGGCGACGGCGCAGCCCAACUCCCACUCGCUCCUGCACAACGCGGGGCUCAACCUGCGGGAGACCCCGGCCACCCUGCGGCCCUUCUUGUUUGGGCCCCGCGGGGAAGGUGUGGACCCUCAGCUGUACGUCACCAUCACCAUCUCCAUCAUCAUUGUCCUGGUCGCCACUGGGAUAAUUUUCAAGUUCUGCUGGGACCGUAAUCAGAAACGCCGGCGUCACUCGGGGCAGCAGAGCAGUGGGAGGCAGCAGGAGAGCCAGCAGCCCCUCACAGACCUCUCCCCCACCACUGUCAGCAUUCUCGGACCCUAUGGUGAUUCCCUGGCCCCCACACCUGAGGCGGAAGAGUCCAGGCAUGGCCAGGAGGGUGUGGAGAAGCUGGGGGGCCACGGGAAAAGCACAGCCUUCCAGCUCAACCGCAUCCCACUGGUGAACCUGUGACGCUCAUGGGAGAAGCAGAGCUGGCUCUCCCCACCCUCCUGUCACAGCCGGCGAGCGCAGACUCCCGCUGCCUCUGCUACCCCAGGAAAACAAUGACCUCCUUGUGCCACGGCCCACCACCAUCAUUAUUAACUAACUCCACCAGGACGUGCCUGGGCAACUGGACGAGCUGGGCCUCCUCAGCCUCCCAUGUGGGGAAGGUUGGGGACCCGUCCCGCCCACGUGGGACAGGGUGACGAGAGCAGAGGGGUGGGAGGGAAGACAGCUGAUGGUGGUGUGAAAUCCUGCCCCCCUCCAGUCCCUCUCCUAGCACGCACUCAGGCACACACACAGACACUUGGAUUUCCACGACUCUCUCACCAGUGCAUGCCUGACACCGGGGGUAGGAGAGGUGGAAAGACAUACCCCUGUCCCCGUGGGCCCUAACCCCUCUUGUGUGUCCCUUCACGUGUUGUGUGCUUUGAAGUGAACAUCUGGAGUUCAGUGGCUGCAGCAUUGCCUGCUGAGGCUCAGUCUCCCCUGAGCUGGGGCUCAGGUGGUGGCAGGUUCUUCUGCCCCUGAGGCCUUGGUCCUCUCAAGGGUCCCAAGGGUGGAUGAAGCUUGGGCAGAAGAGGCUCAGACAGCACCUGGCCACCCCUUUCCUUGAAGGAAACAUUACCUCCCCCCUAGAUGGAAUUCCAUCUUUCCAUUUUCCCUCUGCCUAACACCCCUCCAUUUUUUCUCUUCAGCUUCUAUCUUCACCUCUCUGUCACCAACUUUUUCCUCUCAGUUCCUUCUGCCACUUCUCUUGCCAGUUAAAGUUGGAAAAGGUACUUUCAAUAUUCCAAGUAUUUUGAUCUCUUGGAAGCCUUGAUGCUGUCCCUUCCAGCCCUCUCAGUCUCCUUCAUGGAGGUUUUUCUGAAGAGCAUCAGUCUACUGUGAUGUUUCUUAGAAGAUCUGAGGUGAAGCUCUCUGCCCAUCAUGUCAAUUAGCAAUCACCCUAUACACUGGGAUACUGGUGAAGCAGCCAAAGCAGGGUAUGCAGGCAGAGCUGGGCAUGGGGAACUUGAGUUUUGCCAGGCUGAAGCAGGGAAUUGCUUUCAGAUACUCAUGCCAUAGGAAACAAGAAGUAGACUCUGUGUUCCUGGGAUGACAAAGAGCUGUUUAGAAUUGACCUCAGGAAGAUCUGAAAGGUUGACAUGUGCUACUGGUAGGUCUCUCCUCGAAUGCAAGGUGACUGGAGACCCACGAGGCAGUGCUCCCCAAGGGCAUUAGAGAGGCAAUGUCUGGGGUGCCAGCUUUUGGAAAUGUAUUGCCCCAGCUCGUUGGGGACCAGAACAAAUGGCACAGAUAUUGGUGCAAACUGGUUGCCUGACCAUGUGCUUUGAGCUGUGUUGGUCUGUAGGGCAGGCAGCCACUUCACCAGUUACUUCUGUGAGCAAAAGCAGUGCAUCUCAAUCUCUUCCUAUGUGUGGACCCACGGGUGUCACUCUGAGGAAGUGUGCAAUGGCAUAUUUCAUCUUCAUGAGAAUAGUUGCCCUCCCUUGGCUUUUGUGAACACUUUCAAAGUAAUUCACAAACACCACGCUGACAGCCAAGUAGUUAGAGCACCUCUGCUGUGAAGACAGGCUGAGAGAGUUGAGGUUGUUUAGCUUGGAGAAGAGAAGAUUCCAGGGAGACCUUACAGCAGCCUCCCAGUAGCUGAAGGGGCUACAGGAAAGCUGGGGAGGGGCUUUUUACAAGGGCUUGUAGUGAGAGGACAAGGGGUAAUGGAUUAAAACUGGAAGAGGGGAGAUUUAGGUUAGACAUUAGGAGGAAAUUCUUUAUUGUGAGGGUGGUGAGACACUGGAACAGGUUGCCCAAGGAAGUUGUGGAAGCCCCAUCCCUGGCAGUGUUCAAGGGCAGGCUGGAUGGGGCUCUGAGCCACCCUGUCUGGUGGGAGGUGUCCCUGUCCAUCCAGGGGGGUUGGAUCUAGAUGAUCUUUAAGGUCCCUUCCAACUCAACCCAUUCUAUGAUUUUAUGAAGUGAUGCAGAUUCAAGUGAGGUUGCCCCCGUGCCAUACAGACACCUUCAGCUGCUGGACUGUGGUGGCCUGAGACAGGAAACUCAGCCUCAAUUUUAAGGCCCUAAUGUGCCAUAGAAGGUGUCUGACAAAAGUAAUCUUGGAGAAAAGGAAAUGGACCUUUCAUCCUUUAUCUCUGCAGUAAAAACCUGUUCUUUAUAGGACAAAGCACAGGGAGUUUCAUCUGAGGCCAGGUUAUGCCCAUUUACCCAGCUAAACUAUGAGGUGAUCUCGGGUCCCAUCUGACUCACCAUGAAGGACAUUUAAAUGAGAAUGUAAAUUGUAAUAAGCUUUGCAAAAAAACCAGUAGAGAUUUGGAGAAAACGACAGGUCAAAUAAAAUUACUGGCUUAUUAAAAGCACAGAGUGGCUGAAAGAUGUGGGUGGGAAAAGACUCUGGAGAUCUGCAGUCGAAGCAUAGGUUGAGUCUCCACUUACAGCAGGGGAUAUUAUUGCUUUAGCACAGUCUAUUACUGAGUCUUUUCCUUAUCCAGGCUCCAUUCAAGGCUUUGAUGGACAUUCAAGCUGAGAAUGGAUGGGACAGAGGAGGGAGGGGGUGGGUGGCUGUUCCUGCCCACUGCCCUGCUCUCCUGCCCCUCUCCCUGGCACUUCAGCUCUGGGGAAGGACAUCUGCAUGCAGUCUGCAAGAGUCUGCACUGCUUAUUGCUGGAAGUUUACAAUAUAAUGCCUGGAACUGGUUUAAGUCAUCUUUCAGGCCGGAUUAAUUAGAUUGCUGUUUGAUCAAUAGUGCUUGUUGAAACAAGGGCAGAGUUUGGACUCGACCACUUCAAGGGCUGCCCUUGGACUUGCCCUUUCCACACACUGUGUGGAGAGAAGGUUUAUAAGAAAGUGGCAGGGCACGGCAGGGGGUGGAGUGAAAACAUUUUCCAACACUUGAUGUGGGGGAGCCCUGCGCUCUGCUGGCCAAGCUUUUGUAAACUGCAAACAAAUCCAAUAUCAGUGUUUUGGUUUGGUUUUUCUUCCUCCCUCUAACGUGUCUCUGUUCCUGAUAAAAGUAUCUCCAGGAAAUGAAACCUCUCACAGAUGUUGUGGUAAGGGGGAGGUUGAGUAAUGCACUAGAGAAGACUUGUACAAUGACAGCAGGUUGGAUAUGCUGAACAUCUUUUCCAAGACCAAUUUCUUUAGCCCAGUAUGUUUUCAUGACAGUUAUUCACUCUCUCACACGAAAGAGUUUAGAUACGGGAAACAACUUCAUUGUCCUGCCCAAUCUUUCAUUGCUAUAUUUUGUCCCUAGAACAAAACAUUCAAAACACGUGUGGACACACAAGCUCCUUCCAGUCAAUAAAUAAUCUCCCUGGAUCUGUUUUCUCCAUGACUGGAGCCUUAUAAAAUAUCUUUCCCCAUGCA